UGACAGGUUGGCGUCAUGGCAGCCAUCAUAGCGGAGUAGAAAUUGAGUAGAGCAACAUCAUGUACGUACGACUCGAGAUCGGCAAAUUGCUGGUGCUUUAUCGGGCACUAUGCGGAUUCAGAGGUCAUAAUGUAGAUAACUGGGUCUAAAGCUGUCAUUUCCAAUAUGGAGUUUGAAGAUACUAAACUCCACGAAGCUGUCCGCUACGGUGACACCAAUCUGGUGGAGAGCGCCCUAAAAGAGAACCUAGAUCCCAAUGCAAUUGGUCUGUACCAAUGGGGUCCGUUACAUGAAGCUGCUAGUAAUGGUGAUUUGGAGAUCUUAAGUCUCUUGCUCCAGUAUAAAGGAGACCCUAAUGCCAAAGAUCACCUGCACAGCUCCACACCAGUUCACUAUGCCUGCCGGGAGGGGCAUGUGGAAUGCCUGGAGGCAUUGCUGGAGAUGGGAGGUAGCUAUGACAUUACCAAUGGCGAUGGAGAGACGGGACUUGAUGUUGCUGUUGGCAAAUGCCGAGAGUUACUGGACAAGCAAAGGACAAAAGAUUUCAUCCGAGCUUCGGUCAAGGAGAAACUUGGGCAAAGUGAGAACGAGGACAAGGUCAUCAGGGAUGGGACGCCUGAGACAAAAGGCAAGGAUUCUGUCUCGGAGAAUGUCAAUGAACAUCGCUCCCCCACACCCUCUGUCAAAAGCAACCUACCAACUGCUUGGGAUACCAUUGAGGUCCAUGACAUGAACAUCAAGCAAGACAAAGAUGCAGGAACUGGUCUCCUUCAGUUGUCAUUUGAGUACAAUUCACACACAUCAAUCAUGAAAAUCCGUGUAUGGCAACUAGAGGACAUCCUGCUUCCACCAGCUGAAGUCGCAAGCAUCACACGCGUCAGCAUCCGAAGUCGCCUUCUUCCUGAUAAAAAGGGUGACACCAAACGAAAGACAGAGGAUGCAAAAAUAGAAGACUUGGAAAAGAUGAAGACUAGCAUUGUCAGUGUCAAACGUAAAACUGCAAGGGAGAGCUUCAAGGCAAUAUACCUACCUUGCACUUUCCGGUUCACCAAACCCCUUGAGUACAAGAAUGUUACUAAGGAGAUGGUGGAGAGUAAGACUGUUCACAUUGAUGUGAAUGUCAAGCAGAAGUACAGCAACAAGAGUUUUACUGUGGCAAAUUUACAGUUGCCACUGAAGGAAGCUGUACGUAAACUCCGGAAGAAGAGGUACGGCCUGCAUCCGUGUAUUAAUUAUACCAUGCCUGACAACAUCCAUUCCUAUGAUCCAAACGAUUUGAUCAUUGUCUCGGAGGGGAUGUACAGUAACAAGACUGUGAGUAACCCCAACCUGCGUGCAACCUCUAAGCAGAGCUUGAAGGUUGAGACAGAAAAUGAACGAGCAAGCAGCGACAUCAACCUACAGACUGUACGCUGCCACUCCGCUGAAAGCAUUCCAUCAGUUUCCUUAAGCAUACCAGAAGACGAACAGGAGGAGAAUGAGGCUUUACAGGCCAUUGCAGUCAUGGAUGACUCUCCACGGUCAUCCCGCCUCAGUCACAGCAAUCCUGAGAUUCAUAUUGUUGAAAUCCAUGAAAUGGACACCAUCCUACCAGGAGCAGCAAAGACAGACUUGACAGAGGUGAAGGUGGACUCUUCGUUGCGCAAAAUUAGCAGAAGCUCUCCAAACAUUCCUGUGCUCCAAGUUGAGGAUCUUGAGGCGGACUCCCCUCCAAAGAAACUGAACAGGCCAAUGUCUCCCCCCAAUAGGUUAGCAGUUCCUCCUAUCACAUAUAACAGACGACAUCAGCAAAGUUCAUCAAGAAUCAAGCGAGAGCUUCCUGACGUUGAGAAUGUCAAAAAGACACCAAACUCUAAGAGUGGCCAAGAACCUCCAAAACCAGGGAAGGCAGUUCCCUUAUCUGCCAUUCACAGUGAUCCAGCUUUGGAGGAGGUGGAUGAGAAAUGUAGAACUUUACAUCAUCCAACAGGAAGUCUGCACAUCAGUGAGCCUUCAAAGUCAGGUGUGGCUGGUAAGAAAGAGGCAGUAAAGGCCAGGAUAAGAGAAAAGAGGAACUUGAUGUCUAAAGAUGGACAGCAUCGUUUGUUGAAAACAUUCAGUGAAAAGGAAGGUAUUGACUCCCUAGCCUUUGAGCAUGAGGAAGCAAGUGGCACAAGACAUGUGGAAUAUGGAGAGAUUAGUGAGGUACCAACAAGUCCAGUGAAGCUAACUGCAUCCAAUUUCAGUUCAGCUCUUGGCCAAAAAACUGCCUCAGGGGAAGGGAAGUCAUCAAAACAAAGAUCAAAAGGGGGAGACAGAAGCUCAAGGUCGGUCCUCCCGAUGUCUGAGUUACCAUUGGCACCGAGUCAUUUACCUAAGUUAGAGACUGUUUCUGAAACGCGGUUUAGCCGUUUGACUCCCUCCAGUCAUUCAACGCCCAAGAAAUCAUCUCUGAGAGAUCCAACAAAGACACAGCAGAUCCCUAAGAGAUUAGAUUUGUCAACCUCUAGGACAUUAGAGACCAACCAAGAUGCAGUUUGUGCCCUGAACUUCCCGCAAUCUAUUACCCAUGGAAUUUUGCACACUGAAUUAAGAAGACCUACAUCUCCACCACAGCGGUUGUCUUCACCUGAAGAUUUGAACAAGUCACGCUCACCAAGUCCUGGAUCAGAGGCUAGGGUACACUUCUUAUCCGAAACUGAAAUCAUAGAGCCACACUAUAAGCAGACAUCCCCAGCUCGAAGAAUAAGAACUCCUGUCUCCGAAUCCGGGCAAAAAAGGUCCAAAACACCAGAUAGAGUUGAGAUUGAAAUGAGUCAUUUGCAACUCGAUACAACUUUCCAAAAGGAAACAACCACCCCAGAAUUUAAACUCCAAAUGUUCCAGCGGACUAGUAGAGAUCCCCACCCUGCUUUUGAUCACUUUAUCAGGGGCCAGGCUGCAGGAAGCAAACAGCAGUUGGAUUCUCAAGAGGAGGGAAUGGAUCCAUUCUUUGUGCCAGAAACCCCUACUGGAUCCCCAAUGGCCGGUGGCUCUUCUGGUCCAAGCCAACAGCCUAGAAGGCUUGUCAAAGGAAGCAUUCAAAGUGACAAGAGAACAGAAUUAAAACAGGGUGAGAUAAUGAGACCUGUUGAAAACCCAUCUAUCGUCAGAAUGAAGCAGAGCGUACUUUGACAUUACAUUCAGAUUGUUACACAUGCAGUGCAUGGACUGUAUUCUGCCUAACUGAACAAUUUACCCAAUCCCAGACCUUUUUACCAUUUUUCAAGAAGGCAAACCAAUAUGUGUACAUGUACAAUGUAUUUGUUUUGAGGAAGUCCAUGAGGAAGGUUUCAAGCCCUUUCCUGUCUCAUGAACUGUUAAAUUUGGCUGGUGUACACUUCAAUAAACAUGAAUGACUACAGUUGUCGAGGUGUAUAGAAAAUUCUACAUCAUUUCUGUCGGUGAUUUACGUAGGUUGCAAUAACUCCUUACAAUACUUGUACACGUAUACAGUACAUUUAUAAACAUUGAUAAUUAACAUAACAGUCCAUGCAUCGAAGCUACAAUGUACGGUAUACAUUGUAAUGAAAUAUCAUGCCCAUACAAUUUUAACGAAUCUUCCAUUUUAAUUUUGGAUUUGGCCUUUGCUCUUCCAUUAUAAUUUGUAAAGUGAAACACGUGUACAUUGCUGUAUACAUGUACAUGUAGGUGGAAUUUUUUAGUAUGUAAAUUUUUUUCAUAUAAAUAAUACUCAGGAAAGUUGUAGAACAGUGAACAAAACAGCUGUAAGUUGCUAAUUUAUUGUAUUUUAUACAUAAUAAUAAUAACUAUUCUUGUAAAAUGAUAGAGUUUUCAUUCUGCUGUACUAGAAUUUAUGCAGAACGAACAGGUGAUGUGUGUUUCUCUUUUGAAAAUUAUGUCGCACAAAAUGAUCCUCAAUCAUGUGCAAUACCUGGAACGUUACCGAGAAAGUCACCAUUUUCUAGACCAUCACAAUUUGUGCAAGUCAUAUGACACCUACCGGAGCAGAUGUUUCAUUAGGUGCCAAAAAGAAUACUUUCUUGAUUCGGACCUUGGAUGUGACUUUUGGUUAUCCUUGACACCGCCUCUCAUAUUUGCAUCCUUUUUACUUGUGACAUCUUAAGUCUUAAAAAGCAGUUUCCUACGCAUGUACACGCAGUAAAAUUUAUUAUUUAGAAAUAUAGAUACAUAUUUAAAACUUCAGAGUUUUUGCUAAAUUAUGCGAUAACUGAUUGCAGAGUUCUAGAGGUUAGUUACAUAUCAUGAAAAUAUAUCCUUAGCACAUUAAUUUUGUCAUGGGUGUCUGUUAUAACAAAUGACUACUUAAAGAUCCAACUGACAUUUUGUGGUAAUGCACUUUUCAUUUACAAAUUGACUUCUUUUUGCUUUAACUCUAAUAUCUCAUUUCAGUUUUCUUCUUUAUACUUAGUGAUACAUGUAUUUUCUACAGUUUUCCGUCCUUAUUGAAGUGUCGUUUGUGCAAAUAAAGUUACACGUAUAUUGAUCCGUCCUUUUAAUUAUAUUAAAAGAAGUAUUUACAUUUGAUGUUCCUGGCAACUGAAAUAGUUUUGACUGAUCUUCAAAGGUAUGAACAAGGGAAAAACCGCCUAAAAUUUUCAACACGGUUGUCUAUUAAACAGUACAUUUGUACAUGUAUCAGUUGACUAAAGUGCAAGUUUCUUUAGAAGAGAGUUAAUGCGGUUCCCGUUCUUCCUUGUUAAUGCGGAGUUAAUUUCAAAUGCAUUAACAUGUAAAUGUGAAAUUGAAUUGUGUUUUGGGAACAGUUUUACAAAAUAUUAAACCAUUUACAGCACCCUGCAAUGCGA